AUGCCCACCAUCCAAGAGAGCAAACUCGCCUUCAUCGGCGGCGGCAACAUGGCCUCCGCCAUAAUCGGCGGGCUGCUCUCAAACUCCGUCCCAAAGACCAACAUCACCGUCUCCGAGCCCUGGGACGUAAACCGCAACAAGCUCGCCGCAACUGGAGUGAACACAACAACUGACAACGUCGCCGCCGCGACCGCCGCCGACCUCAUCAUCAUCGCCGUCAAGCCGCAAGUCGCUAAAACCGUCUGCGAGGAACUGGGCAAGAGCUGGGGAGACCGGAAAGACCUGCCCGUCCUCGUUUCCAUUGCGGCCGGUAUCACACUCGGCUCGUUUCAGGAGUGGUUGGAGACACCCGAUGGCCGCGCUCCGCAUAUCGUCCGCGUGAUGCCGAAUACGCCUGCGCUCAUUGCGGAGGGCGCGAGUGGCGCUAUUGCCUCGGCGGAUGUGACAGCUGCUGAAAAGGAGCUUGUGAAUGAGUUGCUCUCGAGCGUCUCGCGAAGUAUCGAGUGGGUUGACAAGGAGGAAUUGCUGGAUGUUGUUACGGGCUUGUCCGGGUCUGGACCGGCUUAUUUCUUUGCGAUGGUGGAACAUCUUGUUGCGAGCGCUACGAAAUUGGGACUGAGCAAGGAGCAGGCUACGCGUCUUGCGGCACAGACUUGCCUGGGUGCCGGCAAGAUGAUGACUACUUCUGAUGAGGAGCCGGGUCAGUUGAGGAAGAAUGUUACUAGUCCCAACGGCACUACGUUUGCUGCGUUGCAGACUUUUGAGCAGCAGGGUUUUGAGGGGAUUGUUGAUAAAGCUGUUAAGGCUGCGACUGAGCGGGCGGCGGAGUUGGGGGCUACGCUUGCUAAGUAG